UCAGAUGUAAGCGAGAAGCUGAUAGAAGAAAACAAGAAGCUUCAGAUCCAGUUUCUGGAACAGAAGCAACAAACAGAGGAUCUCAGGGAUCGUUUGAAGUUCCACUGCAGGGAGAACGAUGAGGCUGAACUCACUGAGGCUCUUCUCCUCAUUAAAGAACGUAAAUCUCAGCGGAGCAGUGACCUGGACUUCCUGCGGGAGGCGGACGAGGGAGGGAGCAGCUCCGUCCAGGAGCUCCGAGCCGCUCACGCAGAAACUAUCCAGGAGCUGGAGAAGACCAGAAAUAUCCUGAGCACGGAGAGCAAAAUCAGCAACAACUACAAGGUGGAGCUGGAAGCUGUUGUACGGAAGUUGAACAGUGACAAAGUGGAGUACGAGCAGAAGCUGGAACGUCAGGCUCAGCUGCUCGACACGAGGACGGCGAAGAUCAAGAAACUGGAAGCUCAGCUCAGAGAAAUUGCCUACGGCACCAAAACGUACAACUUCAAACCAGACGUCACAGACGAGGAUCAGAAAGAUGAAGCUCUUCACCUGGAGCGUGGAGAGAACCUUCUGGAGCUUCAGAUCGUCAGUGCCUCGCUGUCUCCCUCGGCCCUGGAUGCUCUGGGCGACGACAGGCCCUCCACCUUCUGCACGUACUCCUUCUAUCUGUUUGAGCCACACUCCACUCCGGUGGUGACGGGCCACGCACCGCAAUACGGUUUCACGUCGAAGUACGUGGUGAGCGUGGAUGAUCGCUUCCUCGACUACCUCCAUAGAUGCUCUGUCACCGUGGAGCUGCACCAGGCGCUGGGCCUGGACUGGAGGACGCUGGCGAGCGGACAGCUUCGCCUGCAACAGCUGCUCGAGCAAGACGGGAAGGUUCACGGGACCGUACCGCUGGUCGCUUCGUCUGGUGGGCUGACGUCUGUGGGCUCUGUGGAUUACUGGCUGAGGCUGAGGAUUCCCAUGACAGAAACCAUCCGCCUGUAUAAAGACAGGCUGACGGCUGUGGGCUACAUCAACACUGCACUGCAUGAAGAAGCACAGCUGCAGCCGUCGAUCAGUGGCUGGAACGAACUCUCCAUCACCGUCCGUCGCUGUGGAGACCUGAGGUCCAGACGCUCCCAGCAGCCCAGUCCCUACGUGGUCUACAGGUUCUUCGACUUCUCUGACUACCCCACUGCCAUGGUUCACGACAGCUGCGACCCCAACUUCAACGACCUCCAGUCCUUCUCUGUGAUGACAGACCUGGUUCUGGACCAGUACCUGAAGUCUGAGCAGCUGCAGUUCUACGUGUUCGACUACAAGGAGGAGCAGAUGGACAUGUACCUGGGGAAGGCCGGGGUUCAUCUGCUGCCGCUGGCUCAGGACGAGGGGAUCUCAGGAGUGUUUGAGCUGAGCGAUCCCUCUGGACUCAGUGCUGGACACAUUGAAGUGACCCUGAAGUGGAAGUCUGCUUACCGUGCUCCAUCAGGCUCCAUCAUGACCGCCGAAGUCUUGGUCCCUGAAGAGGCCAUAGAAGAAACUGAGUGGAAGCGAGAGCGAGGUUUGGAAGAAGAGAGGAAAGACAAAGAUAUGGAAGAGACGCUGCAGGGGGAGAAAGAAGCUGAACUUCGUUUUCAUCCCUCCUCCUCGCUGCCUGAUGUUUCUGCCUCGAAGGUUCUGCUGCCAAAACUCCGACAGAAGAAACGAGUGAAGGACGAACUCGCUGCCAAAAAAGUCUCCUUCAUGGAUCCUUCAGCUGCAGAUGAUCAGGUGAUGUCAGUGCAGGAGGACGAGGACACACAGUGUCACAGUGUCUCUGAGGGACAGCUGCUUCCUGCCUCUCAGUUCUUCUCUGAUGAUUCUGAAAUCUCUGAGGAACUCAUCCAAG